AUGUGGUGCGGUGCCUUGGCGAUUGUGUGUCUCCUCGUGCUGGGUUCCUCGGAGGCCCGCAAGGGAUUUGGUCCCGGAGAGCAGGACUGGGGUUACGUGGACGUCCGCGAGGGGGCGCACAUGUUCUACUGGCUCUACUACACCACCGCGGAUGUGAGCAGCUAUACGGAGCGACCGCUAGUCCUGUGGCUCCAAGGCGGACCCGGUGGCUCCUCCACGGCGCUGGGAAACUUCCAGGAACUGGGACCCUUGGACUCGAAUGGCGCCCAACGCGAGGGCAACUGGGUGCAGCACGUCAAUGUGCUGUUCAUCGACAAUCCCGUGGGUGCGGGCUUCAGCUAUGCGGAUAAUACCAGCUUGCUUGUGACCAACAACGAGGAACUCAUCGACGAUCUCAUGACCUUCAUGCUGCACUUCUACAAGUUGCACAGCGCCUUCAAGGAUGUGCCGCUGCACAUUUUCUCCGAGAGUUAUGGUGGAAAGAUGGCCCCCGCUUUGGCCAUCCGACUCGACGAGGCCAUGAAGUCGGGUGAGUUGGCCCAGCCGGGAAUACUCAAGUCGGUGACCAUCGGCAAUCCCUGGAUAUCCACUCGCCACAUCACCCGGGAGCACUCCAAGUACUUGUUCGUCAACGGCCUGAUCGACGAGGAUGGGGUGGUGCAGAUUGAUGCCCAGGAAGAGCGCAUCCUUAGCGCCCUCAAAAGUCACGAGUUCGAGAACGCAACGGAUGAGUACUUGAAGUGGUACGAUCUCAUGCAGGUGCUCACGGGCAAGAUGUAUCUGUACAACACCCAGACCCACUUGGAUCCCUCCGAGGAUCGCACCUAUGGGUAUGGGGAUGAUUUUGUGCGCUUCAUGGAGGUGAAUGUAAGUGAGGCCCUGCAGAUCAACGGCAGUUACUAUGCGUCGCAGGUUAUGGAUGUGCUGGGCAGUCUGCACGGAGAUCGUUUGAAAUCGGAUAUUAAUGCGAUUCCCCGUCUGCUAAACGAGACCUCCGUCAAGAUAAAUAUUUACUCCGGUCAGUUGGACUGUCUGGUGCCCACCACAGCCACUCUUUCCUUGAUCAAGGACUGGGCUUGGACCGAUAAGUCGGCCUAUCUCCAGGCCAACCGCACUGCCAUUGUUGUGGACGGAAUACUCCAGGGCUAUGAAAAAAUCGGAGGCAAAUUCGGGAUGUACUGGAUCAAUCGGGCUGGACACUUGGUCCCCUCCGAUAAUCCAACUGCCAUGCAGUACGUCCUCAAAUCCGUGACUCAGUACGACGGCAAGUCCUGGGAGUAGUUUAUUUUAUUUUAUUUAUUUACCACGAAUAAACGAGCAGUUUUGUAUAAAAAUAAUGAGAAUAAUUUUAGAACUCUAAUCCAAUCCCAAAUCCUUCGAGUAAAUUUCAUGUAUCACAUAUAAA